AUGAAGUUCUUCGUUCCUGCCUUCCUUUUCGCUGCUACCGCCAUGGCCAUGCCUGGCUUGGGAUCUCCCGCUGGUGUUGCUCCCGAGUCCGACAACAAGGUCCAGAACGCAGUGAACCAGUGUGGUAAUGGUGCCAAGAUGUCUUGCUGCAACAAGAUCAACCACAAUGAGGGUAUCAGCCAGAACAACGUUGGUGUCCUCUCCAAUGUCCUCGGUGCCAUUGGCAGUGAGGGUCUCGGCAUCGGCCAAGGCUGCACUCAGCUUGAUAUCCCUGUCUCGGUCAUUGGCGCUGCUGGCCUGACCGACUUCCUUAAGAAGAACUGCCAGCAGAAUAUUGCCUGUUGCCAGAACUCCAACUCGCAGGCUAACGGAAACCUCGUCGGUGUUGCCGUCCCUUGUGUCAGCUUUGGCGGCCUGUUGUAA